AUGCCGAAAAGAAAAAAAAACAAAAGGUCUCAAAAGACACAGUCUCAAGAAACUGAAAGUCAAAACGUUAAUUACAAGAAAAACAUUGAAUACCCCACAUUUACAGAUAAUACGCAGAUAUUUGAAAGUCCAACGUCUUCAAGUAGUACGCAGAUAUUUGAAAGUCCAACGUUUACAGGUAUUACGCAGAUAAUUGAAAGUCCAACAUUUACAGAUGAAUCACAGAAAGACAAAAAUCCGACUAAUGAUAUCCAGACCAUUGACUGUUUAGCACUUACGUAUAGUACUCAAGAAAAACCAAGUCCUACAUUAAGAUAUGCCAACAACGAACAUACUGGGUCCGGCCAAGCCAAACGUAGAAGAAAAAAUACUGAUUACACACAGACUAAGCAAAUACGAAAUACUGAGAGCCACAGAGCCACUCGUCAGAUUCCCGUCAUUAUACAGGCAGAGCAACAACGCAACACGCAGGCUCAUCGCUUAGCUCGUGAAAACCCUAUCUUCCGGGAUACAGAACAGCAGCGGGACACGCAGGCUCGCCGUGAAGCUCGAGAAAACCCUAUCUUCCGGGAUACAGAACAGCAGCGAAAUACGCAUGCUCACCGCAUAGCUCGGGAAAACCCAGUCUUCCGUGAUAUAGAGCAACGGCGUGAUACCCAGGCUCACCAAAUAGCUCGCGAAGAUCCACAUUAUUCACAAAUUGAACGAGCUAGAGACACCAGAGCUCGACAAUCGGCGCGUUGUAAUUCUAUUAAUGAUUGGGAUAAUGUUAAACGAAAAUAUUUUAAUAACACCAAGGAAGGAUACAAUCAUCCUUGUUCAUGUUGUGGUAGACUAUGGCACAAAAAUUCUGUAAGGAAACUAAUAAAGCAUUCUAUUUCGACUAAAUAUAAUGCAGAAUUCGCGUUAAGUGUAUUUAAUUUAAAUCCUUGUGAUGAAUCUGCUGAGUUUUGCUGUACGUGUGCUAAAUAUAUAACUCAAGGGCGAAUGCCACGAUUAGCAAUAGCUAAUGGAUUGAAGUUUCCAGAUAUUCCGGAUGUUUUGAAUAAAUUAACUUCAAUGGAGGAGAGAUUAGUAAGUCCUCGUCACGUAUUUUUUGAAAAUAGUUCGUAG